AUGAGUGUGAUGCUCCAGACGCCGUCGAGGGCGAGCACUGCCUCUUCUUCAUCAUUUCAGCCAGUCUCGCGCCAGAAUACCAUGUCGUCGCAUGAUGGUGGUAAAUCUGUUCGCCAAUCAAAGCGCUACUCCAUGACUACCCUUUAUCUUUCUAUCUCGGCGAAUGAGAAAGAUCUGGAAAUUGAAGAUGACUUGGCCAAAGCCCAAAAAAUCCUUCGGGACCUCAAGAUACGGAUCUCAUCACAGUCGAAAAAGAAUUUUGUCUUGGAGAAAGAUGUACGAUAUCUUGAUUCGCGCAUUGCAUUGCUCAUUCAGAAUCGGAUGGCGCUUGAAGAGCAAAAUGAGGUUGCGAGUCAUCUCGAAGAUGCAUCUGAUCUACAGGAAGGCUUCUUUCCCAAUGACGAAAAAACCCAAAAAUAUGGCAAUCUCCUCUUUUUGCUUCAAUCAGAGCCUCGACAUAUCGCACAUCUCUGUCGUCUGGUGACUAUGGCGGAAAUAGAUUCCCUGCUACAGACGGUCAUGUUUACCAUAUAUGGAAAUCAAUACGAAAGUCGCGAAGAACAUUUGCUCUUGACUAUGUUUCAGUCUGUACUGACCUUUCAAUUCGAUAACACGCCCGAAUACUCGUCUCUCCUCCGUGCUAAUACGCCCGUCUCUCGUAUGAUGACUACCUAUACUCGACGAGGUCCAGGCCAGAGUUACCUUAAAACCGUUCUCGCAGAUCGUAUUAAUGCCUUGAUCGAGCUAAAAGAACUUGAUUUGGAGAUUAAUCCUCUCAAGAUCUAUGAGCGCAUGAUCGACCAGAUAGAACAAGAUGAUGGAGACCUUCCAGUGUCACUUCCAAAGGGUGUGACGGCAGAGCAAGCUGCAGAAAAUACGCAGGUCCAAGAAAUCAUCACACCGCGCCUGAAAAUGUUGAUGGAGAUUGCCAACAGCUUUCUCACUACCAUCAUUGAUGGACUAGAGGAGACACCCUAUGGCAUCAGAUGGAUCUGUAAACAGAUUCGAAGCUUGACAAAAAGGAAGUACCCGGACGCCAAUGAUCAGAUUAUCUGCACGCUCAUCGGUGGUUUUUUCUUUCUUCGGUUCAUUAACCCAGCUAUUGUCACGCCCAAGUCUUACAUGUUAAUAGAUGGAACGCCCGCAGAGUGCCCACGACGAACUUUGACUCUUAUCGCCAAAAUGCUCCAGAAUCUUGCCAACAAACCAUCCUACGCUAAGGAACCCUACAUGGCCAAGCUCCAGCCCUUUAUCCAGCAAAAUAAAGAAAGAGUCAACAAAUUCAUGCUUGAUCUCUGUGAGGUACAAGAUUUUUAUGAGAGUCUCGAAAUGGACAAUUAUGUCGCCCUCUCCAAAAAAGAUCUAGAGCUCUCCAUUACCCUCAACGAAGUUUAUGCUACCCAUGCGCUUCUCGAAAAGCACAGCGCUGAACUAAACAAGGAUGAGAAUUCCCACUUGGCAGUCAUCUUGAACGACCUAGGGGCGGCUCCAGCUCAGCUACCUCGCAAAGAAAACAGAGCUAUUAAUCUCCCUCUCUAUAGUAAGUGGGAGACAGCUAUUGACGAUUUAACAGCGGCCCUAGACAUUACACAAGAGGAGAUUUACUUUAUGGAGGCUAAGUCCACUUUUGUACAAAUUAUGCGGUCAAUACCCUCCAACAGCGUCGUUACGAAACGGCCCCUACGACUCGAAAGGGUUGCUGAUGCGGCGGCUACAUCUCGUAGUGACGCCAUGAUGGUACGAAAAGGUAUUCGGGCUAUGGAACUCCUGAGCCAGCUGCAAGAGCUCAAGGUUAUUGAUAAAUCUGACCAAUUUGGUCUACUCAGGGACGAAAUUGAGCAAGAACUUCAACAUCUCGGCUCUCUCAAAGACGGUGUUCUCCUCGAGACCAAGAAACUUGAAGAAGUCUUCAAGACAAUUCGAGACCAUAAUACAUACCUUGUCGGCCAGCUAGAGACUUAUAAAAGCUACCUUCACAACGUGCGAAGUCAAAGCGAGGGCACUAAGAGAAAGCAACAGAAGCAGCAAGUGCUCGGUCCCUACAAGUUCACGCAUCAGGCCCUCGAAAAAGAGGGCGUAAUCCAGAAGAGUAAUGUUCCCGAUAAUCGGAGGGCCAAUAUCUACUUCAACUUUACUAGCCCCCUACCAGGCACCUUUGUUAUAUCCCUCCACUACAAAGGACGGAACCGGGGGCUGCUCGAGCUUGAUCUUAAACUAGACGACCUCUUGGAGAUGCAGAAAGACAAUCAAGACGAACUAGAUCUCGAAUACGUACAGUUUAAUGUACCAAAAGUUCUAGCGCUCCUAAAUAAGCGCUUUUCUCGGAAGAAGGGAUGGUAG